CUUUACGAAGAACAAGUCCCGUUCAGAUUCGCUGCAGACGAUCUCGGAAAAAAGUCAUUUGCUACGGACGAUCUUUGAAAAAAAGCUUUUCUAUAGAAAAAGUGAUCAGCGCAUAUCUUUAAAGAAAACUAACGUGGACAUUUCAUCCACCAACCUACGUAUCAAAUUGACCUGAUUUUUUUUAGAUAUAUUUUUCCUUUAUUUCAUUUUGAGUUUUAUUUUUUUUUAACUCUUUGCCAAAGUUCCAGUAACGGACCGGUUGUUAGCCUGCAGCUCUUUUUGCUAAAGCGAAAGAGAACGAAACGUUCGACUGAGCGGAGGUAGUAGUGAUUUCGAACUAGUUUCUGGAGUGGAAAAGUCAAACGGAACUGGAUGAAUAAACGGUAGCCGAAGGAUUAACAAAAUAGAACAUCAGUCAAGUUGCCAAAUUUUUAAAAGCUUAUCAUGGGAACGUUAACGGUUGUAGCAGCUUUCCUGGUAGCAUUAUGCUUUGUGACGGAAGGAAGUCGGCUUACUAGUUCUAAGAGCACGAACAACAAGAAAAUAGUUUGCUAUUUCACCAACUGGGCACAAUAUCGGCCAAACGAAGGUAAAUACGUUCCAGAAGACAUAGAACCUCACCUAUGCACCCAUCUCAUAUUCGCUUUUGGCUGGAUGAAGAAACACAAGGUAUCCUCUUUCGACGCAACGGACGAAACCAAGAACGGCAAGAAGGGCAUGUACGAGAGGCUGGUGGAAAUUAAGAACAAGAACAAAGAUGUCAAAGUUCUCUUGGCUAUAGGAGGAUGGUCAUUUGGUACUCAGCGAUUCAAAGAGAUGGCGAAUAACCGCUACAACCGACAACUCUUUGUCUUCAGCGCCAUCAAGUAUCUACGAGACAGGAAUUUUGAUGGCCUCGACCUGGAUUGGGAGUUCCCAAGAGGAGGAGACGACAAAAAAAACUUUGUGCUGCUAUUAAAGGAAUUAAGAGAAGCUUUUGAAGAAGAAGCAAAAGAUAAAAAAUUACCUCGUCUUCUGUUAUCCGUUGCUGUUUCUGCAGGUUCUGAAACUAUACGAUCAGGAUACGAUGUACCAGCUGUUGCUGCUUAUUGUGAUUUCAUCAACAUCAUGUCAUACGAUUUUCACGGAAAAUGGGAAAGCCAGACUGGUCACAACAGUCCCCUUUAUGCUCUUUCCACUGAAUCUCAAUGGAGGAAACAGCUCUGUAUGGAAUUUGGCGUCAAACUGUGGGAGAAAAUGGGAGCUCCAAAAGAGAAAAUCAUUGUUGGCUUGGCCACUUAUGGCAGAAGUUUCACCUUGAGCAGUCCUGAUAAAAACGGAAUGAAUGUCCCCACGAGAGCAGGUGGUAAAGCUGGUACUUACACAAGAGAAGAAGGAUUUUUGGCUUAUUAUGAGGUGUGCGACUUCAUCAAAAAAGGAGCUAAGUAUGUGUGGGAUGAUGAACAGAAAGUUCCUUAUGCAUAUUACGGAGAUCAAUGGGUUGGUUUCGAUGACGAAAAGAGCAUCAGGAUUAAGCUCAAGUGGAUAAAAGACAAUGGUUAUGGUGGAGCUAUGGUCUGGACCCUCGAUAUGGACGACUUCCACGGUUCUUGUCUCAAUGGUAAAAAGUAUCCUCUUAUUGGAGCAAUGGGAGAAGAGCUCCUUGGUCACUCCAAACGACCCAUCACAGAUCUAGAAGCUUUGUCUAAAAAAAUAGCGAAAACCCUUCCAGCAACCCCAGCUCCUGUGCUUCCGAAGGAGGUCCUAAUUGUUCGUAAGGAUGAUGAUGAAAAAGAAGAAGUGGUGCCAGAAGUAGAUCCUGAUGCCAGCAAUGCUCGUAUUGCCUGCUACUACACCAGCUGGUCUCUGAAGCGUCCUGGACAGGGUAAAUUCCAACCGGAACAUAUAGAUCCCUUCCUCUGCACGCAUGUCAUUUUUGCUUUUGCUACUAUUAAAAAUGACACUUUGGCUCCUAUUGAUGGCGCUGAUACACCUUCCGGACCCACUAAGAAGUCGUUGUAUGACAGGAUACUCGGACUCAAGGAAAAGAACCCGGAUCUCAGAGUGCUUUUAUCCGUUGGAGGAUGGAUAUCUGGAACAGCUCCGUUUAAACAAAUUACAAAAUCUGGUUACAGGCAAUCUCUCUUCGUGUUUAAUGCCAUCGAAUACUUGCGACAGAGAAAAUUUGACGGUUUGGAUAUAGCAUGGGAAUUUCCAAGAGGAGCUGAGGAUAAGGAAAAAUUCACAAACCUCGUAAAGGAUCUGCAUGAAGCAUUUGUGGGCGAAGCUAAGGCCUCGGAAAAACCUAGGUUGCUGUUGACAGCUGCUGUUCCUGCUAGUUUUGAAGCCGUCGCUGCUGGAUAUGACGUCAAAGAAAUCAACAAGUACUUGGAUAUGCUGAACGUCAUGACUUACGAUUUCCACGGAAACUGGGAAAGACAAGUUGGACAUAACAGUCCUUUGUACGCUCUUUUCAGCGCAACGAAUUAUCAAAAGAAAUUAACAGUGGAUUACAGUGCAAAAGAAUGGGUCGAAAAAGGUGCAUCUAAAGAAAAACUGAUAAUAGGAAUUCCAACUUAUGGUCGGACUUUUACAUUAAAGAACACAUCGUUAACGGAUAUUGGAGCUCCAGCUAUUGACGGCGGAAAAGCUGGAAAUUACACUGGAGAACCAGGUGUCUUGGCAUUCUUUGAGGUUUGUGACUUCUUAAAAUCCGGAGCGAUCUUAGUUUGGGAUAAUGAACAGAUGGUACCUUAUGCUUACAAAGAUAACCAGUGGGUUGGAUUUGAUGACCAAAGAAGUUUGAAAACAAAGAUGCAAUGGCUAAAAGAAGCUGGCUAUGGAGGAGUGAUGAUCUGGUCAGUAGAUAUGGAUGACUUCAGAGGAACUUGUAUGGGUCUUAAAUAUCCUUUAAUAAAUACCAUAAAAGAAGAACUCAAAGGCUACAAUGUAGCGAAUCUUGAAGUUUUGAGUAGCAACAUUCUAAAUGCAUUAAUAGAUAAGGAUGAAGUCGUGUGUGAAGAAGAAGACGGGCAUAUCAGCUAUCAUGUAGACAAAAAAGAAUGUGCCAAGUAUUACAUGUGUGAAGGAAAGCGAAGACACCAUAUGCCAUGCCCAGUCAACUUAGUCUUCAAUCCCAAUGAGAAUGUCUGUGACUGGCCAGAAAACGUGGAGGACUGUGCUAGUGUAACAGGGGGCAGAACCCCUUAGAAAAUAUUUUAAAUACAUUCUGCCAAUUCCUUUGUUCCGAAGGCAAUCAGUGAUUUUAAUGACUGUACACAGGUGGACAUAAACAUAAAUUGCCUGUUACGGGUCUCGCAUGCAAUGAUUACGAUUAUGCAAUGUGCCACUGGUUGGAACUUUCCCUUAGAAAGCACUGAAUGCAUUGAAAGAUUAAAAUAAAAAGGGACAAAUCCUGCAUUUGUGAUGCUGGAACUCUGCCGAUGACAAACAUGCAUCCCUGUCAUCGGCAUAAACAUGGACAAAUGAUAAUUUUAUGUCAAGAAAAAUAGUGUUUGGAAACUGCAGAAAACAAGGAAAUUCAGCAGAAUAGUUUUUGAUACAAAAUGUGGAUUUCAGAGCCUGAAAUUUGAAAUUUUAUUUUUAGAUAUCAGAUUAUUAUGUAAUAUCUCUUGAUAAAAUUUCUGUGGAAAUUUAAUUAUAUGAUAAGUAGAUUGAUGAACUACAAAAAUUAUUUCGUGAUUAUUUUCGUAAUUUAUCAGUCUACUCCAGCAGUUGCGCAUCAGCAAGAGUAGUACCUUCAUGGUGAAGGAAUAAUUUAAUAAAAUUUAAACAUCUUAACACUCAAUUAUAUUUCAUUUUUUAAUGUUUAAACAUAUAAUUAAAAGUUAAUAUUUUGAAAUAAUUCACUGGAAAUAUAAGCUUGCUUAUUGUCAUUUCUCACAAAGUUCAUUGCCAAGUUAAUAUCACUUAUGGCUUACAAUUAAAUAUGCAUUGAGAUCAUAGGUAUGUUGUGAAUUUGUUUGUCCUGUUUCAGAUCCCAGUUAUGUUUCAUAUCAAUAACAAAUGUUCUUUUCCCAGCACAUCCCACCUUUACGUACCAUACAAUGCAGCUUGGUUUGAAUCUUACAUUCCACACUCAGCAAGUUUUGAAAAAUGUAAAGGCUUAGAGUUGUAUUUAUAGUUUUUAUGUACCUUUGUAUGAAUAAAAUUGUGUUUUUCAAUAAUU